CAGGAAAAAGAUUGGUUGAGGUUGUCCGUCUGAGAAAGAGGGAAUACUGAAAACUCAGAAGAGCUGAAAGAAGUGGUUAAUCUUGCAAAAUUAAGAGGCAAACGUAAAUGGAAAACAUGAUUGAUUACAGCCUGGCCGAUACCAUAUAGCAUUAUCAGGAGAGGAGAGGAGAGAGUUAGGCACUUUUGUUUUUCUUUUUCAGAGAUAAGAUUGGUUGAGGUUGUCUGUAUGAGAAGGGGCGGGGAAUGCUGGAAACUCAGAUCAAGAGCGGAAAGGAGGAGUUGAUCCUGCAAAAUUAAGAGGUGAUUAUAAUUUCUUCCUCUCACUUAUUAAUGCAUGCAAAAAUUACUUUUAAUUGGUCACAAACUUUUUAAUUACGUGUUCACGAUAUAUGCGUGUUACCUUGUAAAGGAAUGCCGAAAAACAAAAAGACUUUAAAAUUGGUCACAAACUUUGUAAAUACUUGUUCAUGAUGUUUAUUAAUAUAAUGAAUCGUAUUAUAUAGACUAUAUAAUUUGAUACAAAAAUACGUGUUGGUAGUACUUGAGAUGUCAAUAUUAUAUUUUAUUCCUAUUCAACUAUAGUCUUAUUUAAUCAAUUUUUUAUUUUUAAUUUGAAUUUUGAAAUUUUAAAAGUUUUAUAUUUUUCAUGAUUAACACGUUAGUAUGUACGAUUAUGUGCAUAAAAUUGUAAAUAUAAAUAAUAUUUUAUUUUAUAAAAUUUGUAUUAUUCCCAUUAUCAUUAUCAUGUAGAUCUAUUCUUUUCCCUAGUUUUAAAACGUUACAAGAAUGAAUAUCUAUAUUUACCAUUUAACUGUAUCAAUAAUUGUAUCAUCAAAUAGUAGAAAAGUAUUAUGCUGGACGCCGACACUAAAAGACAAAAGAAAAUGGGACUAGAUACCGACCACACGAUCUAAAUAAUCAAAGUCCAUGUCCUUUGCUUGACUGACCCACAAAAAUUGUGGCUAAGAAAUUGUUUAUUUUUCAUCAUUAAAAUUUUGUAAAUUGUGCGCUCGGAGCUACAAAAACAUGACUACAACCUCAGAGUUAGGCACUGGUGUCUUUCUUUUGCAAAUGAUAGCUUGGCUGAGGUUGUCCGUCUGAGAAAUGGGGAAUGCUGAAAACUCAUAUUAAAGAGCUGAGAAGAGGAGUUGAUCUUGUAAAAUUAAGAGGCAAACGUAAAUGGAAAACAUGACUGAUUACAACCUGGCCGAUACCGUAGAGCAUUAUCAGGAGAGGAGAGGAGAGAGUUAGGCACUUUUGUUUUUCUUUUUCAGAGAUAAGAUUGGUUGAGGUUGUCUGUAUGAGAAGGGGGAAUGCUGUAAACUCAGAUCAAGAGCGGAAAGGAGUUGAUCUUGCAAAAUUAAGAGAUUGGCUGAGUUUGUCCGAGAAAGAGGGAAUAUUGAAAACUCAGAAGAGCUAAAAGAAGUCGUUGAUCUUGCAAAAUUAAGAGGCAAACGUAAAUGGAAAACAUGAUUGAUUGCAGCCUGGCCGAUACCAUAGAGCAUUAUCAGGAGAGGAGAGGAGAGAGUUAGGCACUUUUGUUUUUCGUUUUCAGAGAUAAGAUUGGUUGUCUGUAUGAGUAGGGGCGGGGAAUGCUGGAAACUCAGAUCAAGAGCGGAAAGGAGGAGUUGAUCCUGCAAAAUUAAGAGAGGAUAGAUUGGCUGAGGUAGUCCGUCUAAGAAAGGGGGAAUGCUGCAAACUCAGAUUAAAGAGCUGAAAGGAGGAGUUGAUUUUGCAAAAUUAAAAGGAGAUAGAUUGGCCGAGGUUGUCCCUCUAAGAAAGACGAAAUAUUGAAAACUCAGAAGAGCUGAAAGAAGUAGUUGAUCUUGCAAAAUUAAGAGGUGGCAGAUUUCGUGAAAAAAAAAAAAUUACAGAAACAGAAAAUUACAUUUGGACAAAUGGAAAUUAUUUUUUCAAUUGUUGGAAAAAUAGGAGAAUACUCGGUCCGUCCAAUUGGGGAACAGUUUGGCUAUAUUAUUUCCUACAAGAGCAAUAUCGAAAAUCUUAAAAAGAAAAUUCCAAUGCUAGCUCAGAAGAAAGAGGAAGUGCAGCAAUCUCUUGAUAGAGCCCAAUGGUUUCAAGUAGUAGUUCCAGGGGAUGUUAAGCCGUGGCAGACAGAUGUGGAGAAAAAAAUUGAGGAGGUGCAGAAAUUCCUUGAACAAGAUGUCAAUGCUAAUGGGAUGUGCUUGAAUGGUUGGUGUCUGGAUGUGAAGUUACGCUAUUCUUUGGGUAAGAAAGCUCAAAAGAAUACUCAAGCCGUCGAUGACUUGCUAGAAAAAGGUAAAGAUUAUGCUAGGGUGUGCACUGAUAAAACUCCAUUGGAAGUAAGGUUAUCAUCCACAGAUGAACAGUUUAAAGAUUUUGAAUCACGAAAAUCGAUGAUUGGAGAUGUUUUGGAAUCUCUACAAGAUGAAAAUAUCGACAUGAUUGCAUUAUACGGUAUGGGAGGGAUCGGCAAGACAAAAAUGGCCAAAGAGAUUGAGAGAAGAGUGAAGUCUGAUAAUUUAUUCCAUAAAGUUGCCACUGCGGUUGUGUCUCAAAGUCCAAGCUUGGAAACGAUUCAAUGUGAACUUGCAGAAAUGCUAGGUUGUAGUCUUAAUUCAACGACUUCACGUGGAAGAGCACAAGAAUUAUAUUCAAGAUUGACUGAGAAUAAGAAUGUCCUUGUGAUAUUAGAUGAUGUUUGGGAACCACUUGAUUUUGAGGCUAUUGGAGUUUAUCAUGCAGUUCAAGAAAAGAGCUGCAAAAUAUUGUUGACAUCGAGAAAUGAAGAAACUUGCAAUGUGAUGAGAAUUCAGAAGAUUUUUCAAGUUGGACUUUUAUCUGAAGAAGAAGCGUGGAAUCUUUUCAUAAAGAUGACAGGUGAUUGUACGAAUACCUCCAAUCUAAUCUCAAUUGCAGAACAGGUUGUGAAGGAAUGUGGACGUUUACCCCUUGCCAUUGUGAUAGUUGGAAGUCUUCUUAGCAACAAAAGCGACAAAAAUCAGUGGAAAGCCGCACUUCAACAACUUAAAAGGUCUAGGCCACUAGAUAUCAAUGGUCAGCAUUCAAAGGUAUAUUCUAGCAUAGAGCUCAGUUACAACUAUAUAAAAAGUGACGAUGCCAAAUCAUGCUUUUUGCUAUGUUGUUUGUAUCCUGAAGAUCAUGAUAUUCCGAUUGAACAUUUAGUCAGGUAUGGAGUUGCAAAAAGGUUUUUUAAAGGCUUGGAUACUGUGGAAGAAACAAGACUACAGGUCCAUAAGAUAGUUGAGGAUCUUAGAAGAUCAAAUCUCUUGUUAAAUAGCCACAAGGACAAAUGCGUCAAAAUGCAUGAUGUUGUACGAGAUCUUGCCAUAUCAAUUGCAUCCAAAGAAGAAAAUGGUUUUAUGGUAAAGUUGGACAAAGGACUUAAAGAUUGGCCACCGACGGAUAGAUCAUAUGACAGUUACACCGCAAUUUCUCUUUUACUUGAAGAAAUGAAAGGGCAUCCUACUGAGUUGAAGUGUCCCAAACUUCAGCUUUUGCGACUAUCAUGUUUAAACCAUUCAAAAACGUUCCCAGGCAAUUUCUUUAAUGGCAUGAAGGAGCUGGAGAUGUUGUCUAUGAAAAAAGGUUGCUUCUCCUCAACAUCUUUGCCACUAUCAAUCCAGAUCCUCAAGAACCUUCGAAUGCUGAAUCUGCAAAGUUGUCGCUUAGGAGAUGUGUCAGCAAUUGGAACUCUUGGAAACCUAGAAAUUCUUGGCUUUCCUGAUUCAAAUAUUAAGGAGUUGCCGUUGGAAAUAGGAAAUCUUAGUCGAUUAAAAUUACUGGAUAUGAAGGGAUGUGAUUCUCUAAAUAGAAUUGCAGCUGGUGUAUUAUCUGGUUUAUCUCAACUAGAAGAAUUAUACGUGGGAGAAUUCACAAAUUGGGGAUGUACGACUAAGAUGGAGGGAAAUGGAGAAGUAACAAAUAAUAAUGCAAGCCUUGCUGAACUAAUUCAUUAUUCCAGUCAACUGGUGGUUUUAGAAAUUAGUGUACCAAGUAUCUUGUGCUUGCCAAAAAAUUUGCACUUCAUUAACUCCGAUUUCAGAUUUGAUAUAGAGAUUGGUGAUGUAGGGAUUGGUGAUAUAGGGAUUUUUGAUAUAAAGAUUGUUGAUAUGCAAAAUCGGAGAAAGGGGAGAUAUUUAUUUGAAAAUACUUUGUUAUUCGAAAUAGAGGAUGCAAGUGAUCUUGAGGAACACCAAACAAUUCGUUCACUAUUGAAGAAAGCUGUAGUUUUGGAGGUGACUAUUGCAAAAAAUUCAAAACAUAUUUGGUUUGAGAAAGAGCACAAAGGAAUUUUACCAUGCAGCUUGAAGGAACUAAGCAUUUCUAGAUGUGAAGAUUUAGAAUAUCUACUCGAAGCCACAUCGGAUAGUUCUCCACCUAAUACCUUCCAUCUCCUGGAGUCACUAUCAUUAUGUACCUUACCAAGGUUCACUGGCAUAUGUAAUUCCACGGAUUCAGUUGAGAUUACAUUGACAACGCAAGAUCAGAAGCAAAAUGUGAGUGGGACUGAAAAUCAAAUGAAGAUGUUGGCUCUGUUUCCACACAACUUGAUUGAAAGUUUGAAAAAUCUACAACUACUUCAUGCAGAUCGAUGUGAUUUAUUGGAAGUGAUAUUUGAACUUGAGGGACUAAAUGCUGAAGAAAGCAAUAUCUUCAACAAUUUGACAGAGUUGAAAUUAAGUUCUUUACCGAAGUUGUUGCAUAUAUGGAAGAAAGGCCCACGAGAAAUUAAGGGAUUCAAUUACUUGAGACAGCUAGGAGUACGUGGAUGUCAUAGUUUGAAAUGUUUAUUCCCACCAUCCAUAGCAAAACUUCUUGUGAAAUUAGAGGACAUAACUGUACGUAAUUGCAACGAAAUGGAAGAAAUCCUUGCAAAAGAAUCGGGAGAUGAAGAGAAUAGAGAUGUGAUUGCAUUUCCUCUAGUGAAGGUCCUCACUCUCCAGCAUUUACCAAAGUUGGAAUGUUUUUACACCGAAAAUAAUCAUGCUUUUGAAUGGCCAUCUCUGCAUUUAUUAAGCAUAACUGGAUGCCCCCAAUUAAAAAUGUUUGUUUCAACAAGUACAAAAACACCUAAGCUAAAGGGAGUGCUUAUGGGACACGAAGCUUUUCAACCAAUGAUAGAAGGAGACAUCAAUGCCACCAUACAGCACAUUAUAAAGGAAAAGGGGUUCAAUGAUCGAUUUGAUUUUUCUUCUAGAUGGGUGAGAGAUUUAUGAUCUUCUCAAUAUCUUGGCCGGCAGUCUUGGUCCUCUUUACGAGGUACUACUCAGAACACCCUUUGUGGCUGGUCGACAUUGCUGAAACUCUUUGAAAACUGUGUUUUGUGAUGCUAUUAUGUGUUGUUGGAAUUGCAGAUUUUAUGUGGAUGGUUUUUGUAACUUAGUAUAUGGAUGAUUUUUGCAACCUAGUAUGAUAGAUCUGAGUUUUUUUAUUUAGCACAAAAGAUGUGUGUAUUGUACGAAUUGGGCUGUAAUCUGGGUGUUUCUUUUUGUGCUGUUGUUAUGUGUUGUUGACAUGAGCACAAGUAUGUUGCUAGACAUGGUAAUUUCUUGUUGGAAGUGCAGAUUUGUGUAGGUGUUUUUUGUAACUAGUAUGUUGCUGUAAUUGAUAGAUGAAAGUUUGCGAAGAAA